ACUCCUAGCAAAAUAGCUGUAUUCUUGUUAACCUUUGUGCAACACGAAAGGAAAAAUGAAGCUACAACUUUUGAUCAUCAGUAUUUUUAAUUAUUUGGUUUCAACCAAUCAAGAAGAAGAGAAACAGCUGCUGACCACAGAAGGAUUUUCGUGGGAUGAAGAUUACUUCAAUUCCAUCUACAAUUCUACAUCUCCAGUGUAUGAGAAUGAAGCAUCUGCUCCUUGCAGUGUAAUUGUUCAUGGAUUUAACAACUUGGGCAUAAUGAUCACUUUCCUCGUCGUGUUUUUCCUCAGUGUUGUAGGCAACAGUGUGGUGGUCUAUGUGGUUUGUUACAUGAACAAAGGGAGAACCAGCACAGAUAUCUACCUGAUGCACCUGGCGAUGGCUGACCUUCUCUUCAGUCUGACCCUACCAUUCUGGGCCGUCAACGCUCAUUUUGGCUGGAUCUUCGGCAACUUCCUGUGCAAACUCCUGUCAGGCUUUCAAGAAGCUUCGGUCUACAGUGGUGUCUUCCUGCUUGUCUGCAUCAGUAUGGACCGUCACUUUGCCAUUGUGAGAGCUACACGUGUCCAGCCCUCCAAACACUGGUUGGUGAAAGUGGUGUGCAGUUUGGUGUGGCUGGUGGCUGGUAUGCUGUCCUUACCUGUUGUAAUUCAAAAGGAGAGCAUGCAUGCUGAUGAAUUGAACCAUAGUAUUUGCUACGAAAACCUAACUGGUGAAAGCAGCGACCACUGGCGUGUUAGCAUGCGAGUAAUGCGCCAUACACUGGGCUUCUUCCUGCCACUGGUGAUGAUGGCUGUCUGCUACGGCUGGAUUGUGGUGAAACUGUUUCACACACGUAAUCAGCAAAAGCACAAGGCCAUUCACAUCAUCCUGGCAGUAGUGUUGGCCUUUGUUGUCUGCUGGUUGCCUUAUAACAUCACUGUCCUGAUUGACACGCUCAUACGAGGCGGGACAAUUCCACUAAAGUCGUGUGAAACUCACUACAUAGUGGAAGUGAUGUUACAUGUGACCCAAGUGAUGGCAUUUCUGCACUGUGCAGUGAAUCCGGUGCUGUAUGCGUUCGUUGGGGAGAAGUUCCGUAACCAGUUUCUCUCAGCUCUUCACAAACACGGCAUUAUCAGCAAGAGGCUCCAGAGGGCUUACAGGAGGGGCACUGAGAGCAGUGCAGGGAGCAUCAGAUCUAGAAACACCUCCAUCUAGAAAUAAUAGGUGUAAACAGGUAGCCUAGCUCUGUCUAAAAGUAGAAAAUCCAAUGCCUGCUGGCUGUUAAACAUGGUAUGUAGCAUCGACAUUUUAAAGACACAAUUAACUUUUGCAAACUAAAAACAGACUGAGAAAAGGCUCAAUAGUUCUAUUAUAAAAACAGGGACAUUAUCCGAACCCUAGAACGUGUGGCAGCGUACCUGUCAAUCACAAGGUAGCCAUUCCCAAAAGCAUAAGCUGCUUUUUUGUUUAAUUCACUUUAAAUGGGACCAACAUUUAAGUUUGUUACGCCAUGCAUUAUUAAGGAUGACUUAUAUGUAAAGAUCUAGCCAGUAAUCUUGUCACAAAAAUGUUUGUUGAGGUAAUAAAUAAGUGAGAAGUAGGGUCAUUUUCUCAUAGACUUCUAUACAAUCAGACCUCUUCUUGCAACCCCUGCUGGGCAUUAGAAAGAAUGCAGGUUUAAGGUAAUGCAGCUUUGUAUUUAGCAACAUUUUUUUGCCAGGAGCAGUAAAACCGCUUGACUUUAGGUGCUGAUUUUGAGUAUGGGGAGGACCUUUUCUUACAGACAGUGCAAGGGUAGCUACCCUUUUCUUAUCUUUAUGCUAAGUAGCUUCUGGCUGUAAGCUUAUGUACAUCUGCAUUAGAAUAGUAUUUUCUUAAAUAAAAAAGGAAAUUAUCUUAUUCUCCAAACUAUAGUGUUUAAUUGGCCUAACAAAUGAUACUAAGGAUAAUUAUGGUUCACAUAGCUUUUACUAAAGUUAAAUUGGAAAGUUGCUUCAAAGCUUCAGCUGGAUGUUUGCUUUAGGAUCCUGCCGCAACCACAAUUUGUAUCCCAUAGCUUAAGAUUGAAUUAAAACAUAUAGUCUUGCUUUUAAUGUCUUUUGAAGCCUCUUUGAAGGGAAAUUAUUGAGACCAACAAGCACAUAAAGGAAAAAAAUCAUUCAACCGCAUACAAAAUCUGUUGGCAAUUGAGAGAAUGGGGUAUGCAUUCAAGGUAGUUAAUGAAAAGCUGCACAGCCAUUGACUAGUUUGAUAGAAUGCCAUACUUUUUCAAUUUUGAAAACCGGUGCCAUUAUAGAUGUUGUUGUUAUUGUAGCCUAUUCUUUAAAAAGAUUGUGUUGUUUUUCAUAAAAAUAAUGUAUUUUAAUAAUCUCCUUUCUUUGUUCAUGAUUCUGUGACGUUAUGGUCUUGACUGAGAGCCAUCUUCUUGUUUUGAACUUUCCAGGUGAAAUCAAUAAUAUCUAAUGUAUGAGAGAAACAAAAAGUAUUUUUCUCAUACAUUAGAUAUGAUUGAUUUCACCAAUGUUUAUGGUAAUAUAGUGUGCGUGUAGGUAUAAAGUACAAGAGGGGAAAAGAGUCUGAAACUUUGCGGAUGUCAUUAGGGAUGUUUUUACCUUUCAUACAGACCUGUUUGUGUUCUUGUGUCCAGCGUAUCAGCACAUUUUAAUCCUUUUACGUUGUCAUAACAUGCAUCACAAGCCACAAAAAAUAAAACGAAACCAUCAUUACCAGAACCUCAUAAUAAAAUGUUCAAAAAAAGGCCAAAUAAACAUACUCAUUCUGUUUAAUUGCACAUAUAGUCAGUAUGCUAUGUGUCCUGGAGAUUAUGUGUGCAUAAUAUGAUGAAUUUCUGUUUUUUUUAUGUGAAAUAACUGCGGUAAUGAAAGUCCUUUCAUUGUGCAAAGAAAAGUGAGAAAAGAAGAUGACAGACAGGAAUGCUUUAUCUGAUCAAAAAAUAAGAAAUAAAUAGAGGAAGAAGAGU